UAUAAAUAUUUUUCACUCGUUUCUCUCGUUGUUACUCUCUCUCUCUCUCUCACUACUCAACUAUACACAUCAGCAACCAACAAUGGCGAACGGCGAACACCAAAACCCUAACCCUAACCCUAUCGAAGCUACUCCAGGAGCCGCUGCGAGGACGAUCACGCUGAAGACCGCAGACGGGGAGAUAUUCGAGGUGGAGGAAGCGGUUGCCAUGGAGUUCGCCACGGUGAAAUCGUUCUUCGAAGACGACGCCAUCUCGGCGACCACGCCGAUGCCGCUUCCCAACGUGACCGGCUCGGCUCUCUCCCGCGUCAUCACCUACUGCCGGAGGAGCCUCGAGAUCCGGUCGAAGCUUCCGUCGCCGGCGGCGACGGCGGCAGCGGAUGCGGUGGGAGAGGGAGAUUCGGAGGCGGAGAAGGCGGCGAAGGAAGAGAGAAAGGAUUUCGAGGCGGAGUUCUUGAAAGACGAGAGCAACGAGGACGUGAAGGAGCUGAUACUGGCUGCGAAUUACCUGAACAUCAAGGAGCUGCUGGAUUUCCUUUGCCGGAGCGUGGCGGUGAGGAUUCAGAACAAGAGCGUGGAGUACGUGAGGAAGUUCUUCGCGAUUGAGGGCGAUUACACGCCGGAGGAAGAGGCGCGGAUGCGCGAAGAAAACGCCUGGGCUUUCGAGGGCGUUGAUGAAGAUUGAUUUGACUGAAAAUUCGCUUUGACACACAAAAUGGUAACAUAGAGAACAUAAAAAAAGAAGAAGGGAAGAUAAGAACAUAGGAGAGAGAGGGAGUUAUAACUGUGUUUUAUGUUUAUUUUGGUGAUUGGUAAUUUGCUUAGAUGCUAAAGAAAUUAGAGAGAAUUUGUUUAUGUUUA